AUGGCAGGCAUCGGCGUCCUCCCGGCCGCCCAUCUGGCGGCCCUGGGUGAUGAUGCAUCUGUCUCGAUGGGUUGGAUCGAGAUGGUCAUGCCCAAGGACGACCAGGGCGAGGCUGUUUCCAAUGCGUACGCCAUGCGCGUCGUCGAGGAGCCGGCCAACAAGUUUGUCCGCAUGAUCAAGGAGCCGCUCAACUUGAUCAGCGUCAUGGGCCCUGCGCGCUCAGGCAAGAGCACCCUGAUGAAUUUGCUUGCUGGCUGCACCACCACCGAGCUCUUCGCGACGUACCCGGGCAUGGAGACCUUCACCAAGGGUGUCUACGUCCCGACCCGGGUCGUGACCCUGCCGCAGUUCUCGUCGCUCGAAGGCGAGCCCGUCGUCGAGGCUGCCAACUCGGCCAUCAAGGUGUCCUUCGUCGACACCGAGGGCCAGGGGGCGGUGGGCGACGUUUAUGACAUGAACCUGUUCAGCCCGGCCCUCGUAACCUCGCGGGUCGUUAUCUACAACCGCACCGGUGGCCUGCUGACCGAGGAGAUCCUCGGCCAGCUCGGCAUGAUGACGCAGGCGGCCAAGCGGCUGCAGACGGCCGACGCCGCCGCCGCUGCCAAGGGUCCCAUCUUCGGCCAUCUCUUCAUCAUCUUCAAUCAGUUCCGCCUGAACGUCAACGACACGGCCGACUCGCUACGCGACAAGCUCAUGGCCGAGGAGAAGAACCCGGACGCGGUGGGCACCACCCGCAACAAUAUCCGCAAGCUGCUGGCGUCAACCUUCGAGUCGAUCAAAGUCUGCAUCUUGCCUGACCGGCUCAAGUCGGACGCCCGCGACGCGCUGUCGGACGGCACCAAGAAGUUCCUGCUGCUGUCUGACUUUGAGCCAAAGUACCUCGAGUACUUCAAGGUGCUGCGCAACGCACUAUCCCGGGCGCUCGUGACUCCGAGGGAGCUGACCAAGGGCACCCCGCUGACGGGCGGCGCCAUCGCCGAUUUCAUGCCUUCGUUUGCCGACGCCAUCAACAAGCAGGAACCGCUCAACCUGCCAUCCAUCUUCGAGGCCGCCCAGAACGAGGCCGUCAACAAGGCUCAAGUCGAGUUCACCAACAGCCUCACUGCCAGCGUCGCCAGUCGCCUCCAGGACGAGGCCAAACCGACGCAGAUGCUCUCGUCCUUCUUCGACACUGAUGUGUCCAUCCUACUGACCCAGCUGGCCAAGACGCUCUCGUACAUGCCUCCCGACGUCAUCCAGAAGGCGCAGGGGCAGGCUUCGCAGUCCGCCGAGCCCACGCGCAAGAACCUGCUAGACACAAACCUUAGCCGUGUCCGGGCCCUUCUGGCCAGCGCCCUCACAGCCGCCAUCAAGAGCAUCCCCGCCCAGAUCCAAGCUGCGUUCCCGGCGGAUAACGUGCGUGCUUCUCCGACCGACAUCGACAGCCGCCUCGGCGCCAUCUCCACCAAGCUGGCCGCCGAGCUCAAGGCGAAGGGCGACACUUUCGACCCCAGCUGCCUCCCAGACAAAUACGCCGACGCCAUCCGGCAGGCCGUCGACAUCCAGCGGACCUCCAUCAACGAGCGGGCCGGCACUGCCUGGGCCGUUUGGGCCGCCGACGUCAACAAGAGCCUGAUGACGACGCUGCUUGGGGGGCUGGCCGGGCUGACGACGACCACAAAGGUCGGCGAGUCCAAGGUCUACACCAAAAAGGCCGCCGCGCUCGUCGACACGGCCAAGGCCGACUUCACGAGGCGGCUCGACGCCGAGUACGCGUGGGCCGACCGGGACGCCCAGAAGCUGCAGUUCACGGCGGCCGCCGAGGCCGCGGCCAAGAUGCAGCAGGCUCUGUGGGAGGCCAACGACGACGAGGUCCGCGGUGCGCUGGCGGCCCUCGCCUCGCGGCUGCAGGCCAGCUACCAGAUCCAGCUGCAGGACUCGCUCCAACCAAAGAUCGAGCCGCCGUCUUACAGCGCCAUCACAGACCCCUCGCCGAUUAGGGCCCGUCUUGCCGAGUUCUGCACCACCAACAAGGUCAGCGAUACGGUCACCUCGGACGCACUAUUCCAGUUCGACUCGUUCGUAUCUGGCAAGAAGGCCGACUUCAACAAUGUGUACUCCAAGGCGUGCAGCGACUACUCGAACGAUCUCGACAAGGCGCUCAGCAUGCAGGUCCCGCUCGUCAUUGACGUCUAUAACCGCGGGCUUGACAGCAUCGAUCUCGAGCUCACCUCGGCCUCCACCACCAGGGCGUCCAUCGAGACCAAGUGCAACGCGGUCGGCACCGAGGCGGCCAACUCGUUCAAGGUCGUCAUCAGCGGCUACAACACGAUCCCCGGCGGCGCCGUCUCCAAGCCCAUCGUCGACACGCGCACCCUCCAGCUGACAAACAGUCUCGCCGAGGGCAAGGCUGCCAAGCUGUCAAAGUACGACGAGGUCGUGUCCGUGUGGAACAAGGCGCUGCUUACGAGCAUCGUCGUGCCCAUCGUCGACAGCGCGCUGGCCAACAAGUUCGCCAACGAGGUGGCCCUCGCGCGCGAGGUGGACGCGCGCGAGGCCGACUACAUGAACCGCAAGCGCGGCGACGGCGACGACGCGCGGCAGAAGUGGAAAAUCUUCAAGACGACCACGUACCUCGCCCUCGUCGAGACGGUCCGCCGGUUCGACGCCUACAACAUCCCCGGGCUCGAGGCCAACCUCGCCGCCACCAAGGAGAUCCAGGAGAAGGUCAUAUCGCGCAUCACGGCCCCCUGCGCCACCAUCGCCAGCUGCCUCGGCAUGUCGUGGAUCGGCGGCGGCUACGACUUUUACGGCGGCAACCCCUCGGCCCUGCUGCCGCCGCAGGACCUCGGCCUGCCGCAGGCGGACCCGCAAAAGGGGCAGCCGGGCCAGAACAUGCGCAUGUUCCGCAUGAACAACCAGGGCGAGCCGCCUUCGGACGGCUACCGCCGCGACGAGCGCACCAACCUCGAGUUCUACGAGUGGGCCGUCGAGAUCUCGGACAUCAUCUGGGGCAAGCCGAUCGUGACCGACAUCAAGCCCGUCAAGGUCGACACGACCGAGUACGGCGCGCAGUCGACGCCCCUCGAGGUCACCGUCGGCACCGUUAGCACCGAGACGUCGACCAUCACCGACUCACAGACGUGGGGCAUCAGCGCGGGCGUCGAGGUUGGCUACAAGUCGGGCGUUAAGGACGUGUGGGAGGCCAACGUCAAAGGCACCUUCAACGCAAAGUUCGACUCGACGCACUCGUCGCAGGUCGCGACCACCUUCACCACCAGCACCAGCGCCAAGCUCGUGCUGCCCCCCAACCGCAUCAGCUGCAUCAACCAGCUCAUCUUCAACCAGCGCACCUCGCUGUCCUACACGGCAAAGGUCCGGGUGGUCCCGCGGCUGCGCUUCCAGAACGGCUUCACCGCCUGGGGCGGGGGAGGGAACUACCGCGACAACCCAAACACCAACGCGCGCAAGUCGGGCAUGGGCGCGGGGGAGCGCAGGACGGACAGGCUCGACUUUCGCCGGUGCGACGAGAUCCGCGAGGACGCGCGGGCAAACGCCGACCCCUGGGAGUGGCAGCUGUGCAUGGAGCGCAACCCGGAUCUCACGUCGGCGCUAGAUACCCUUGCCAGUGGGACGCCGUUCGAGGUCUACGUCAAGGGCAAGUGGGAGGGCAUCACGGGCAAGUACGCCGUCACAACGGUCACGCCCAAGUCGACGACCCUGACGCUGCUGCCUAUGGAUAUGUGA